AGUUAUGGGUUCAGCGGUUAACACCAAUUGCACAUACACAGUUAUGUCUUCUCUUGGAGUAAGCUAUGCAUACCUGCAUCAGCUGAGAAAGCAGUGCAUGGAAAAGACGGAGAGGGAUAAGUUUGAAGCUUGUGUGAUGGCAGAGAAGGGCAUCAAUGAAAAAAAUUGUACCAGCACGGCCUCUUCUUCAGUAGUAACUCAGGAAGGGAACAAGAAGGAAAACAGCAAAGAAGUCAAGAAGCUGCACUUUGGGAAAAAGAAAAUGAGUAAAGAGAUGGACGCCGAGAAAGAGUCAAACGAGCACAAGAGAAAAUUCUUUAAGGAAUAAGGAUUUGGAAAAUGAAACUGCAAAAGAUGUAGAUGUUAAGUGAUUUUUAAACUAUAUUGUCGUAUGAAUUCUUACAAUUAGCACGAACUAUAGCUAGUAGUGGCUUUCAGUCAAUCUACUAAAAUUUGGAUUUGGCAAGCAACAUUAGAGCCAACUUUAUUUGAAUUCUGAAGAAUUUCGAUAUCA